GGUGGAUAGAAACAUAGUUGAAAUAAAAAUAUACUCAUCAUUCACUUGCAUGUGUUAUACUUCUAGAUCGAUCGUCCCAUCGAGGAUAAUUUAUAUGUGUACGUUCAGCGUGUAUCAAGUUUCGUUUUUAACGAUACCACGAGAACGGAGAAACCGGUCGAGUGUCGUCUGUAGGCACAGGAAGCGUUACUUUUGCUCUUGUUCUUGUUCUUAGUCAGUCACUUCUUCGAUUAUUUUACACACGUUCGUGUAGAGUGCAAUUUCACUCCAUUAGAGAAUGGAUAGGGAGCGGAUAUCACUUCUUUACAAACAAGCCAAAUCUGGUUUGUCUGCAUUUUUCGCUACCCUCUGUAUCAUAGACAUCUUUGGCGUAUUUCCCAUCAUCGCUUUGCCCAGAGCCAUCAUACAAUGCGGAUGGUUGGGCAUACCGUUGGUUGUGCUAGUAUUCAGUCUGCAGAUAUAUACCGCAGGACUCCUCGGCAAGGCCUGGAUCAUUGCAACGACUUUGGACCCGCAGAUAGCGCGGAAAAAUCGAUACCCAUUGGCUGCGGUGACUGAAUUGACUCUGGGUCCUUUGGCUCGUAACUGUGUUACCGUGUUGCUGAACCUGACGGUCUUUGGCGGUGGGAUACCCAGCCUUUUAGUUGCAUCCCAAAAUCUACAGCUGUUUGGGCUUAAGGUCUCUGACGAAGAAUUUAACCUUUCGUUUUGCUACUGGCUCCUCAUUGUAGGAAUCUUGCUGUGUCCAAUUAUGUGGCUUGGAAGUCCCCGCGACAUGAAAUUUGUAAUAUUUCUGUAUAGGUGGUUGGCGAUGUGCUCUGCUGGAGUUGUCCUCCUCACUGCAGUUUUGACCUGGUGGUGCAUUGCUGCAGAUGGAAUAAUCACUCGUGCAAAGCCUGUUCCUUUCUGGCCACCUUGGGAGCGAUUUAUUUCCGGUUAUGCGAUUCUUGCAUUCCAAUUCGACGUACAUCCAACCCUAAUGACCAUUCAAGUUGACAUGCAAAACCCAAAGGAAGUGAACAAGGCAGUAAUCACCUCAUUCAUUUUCACCGGAACUUUGUUUGCUGUUUCCACGGGCCUAGCAGCAUGGAAAUAUGGUGAUAAUACAACAGCGAAUGUCCUACAACUUGUACCUGGAGGGUAUGUCACUCGAGCCGCUAUCCUAUUCGCCGCUCUGCAACUAUGUUUAUCCAGUGCCGUUGGACACUCCGCACUUUUUCAACAUAUAGAGGACAAACUCCGUGUGCAGAGAUCAUUCGGUUGGAAGCGUUGCGUGACAAGGUCAGCUCUAGUUUUUCUUGCUGUGGCCCUUGGAGAGUCGGUUCCACGUUUCGACAUUGUGAUGGCCCUGAUCGGAGGCUCCCUGACGGGUCCACUAGUCUUCAUUUUGCCACCUCUGAUGUAUUCAAGAGUAAAGAAGCUUCAGGCGGCUGCUCUGCGCAACAGGACGCCUAACGUUCUUCCAGCUUCUGAAAAACGAGGAGCCGCAGGCUCAACUAAACACGCGAUCACCGACCCCAGGGUUCACUCGCAAUCGAUUCAUUAUGGAUUCAUGGUCGAUUAUAAGUCUGAUUUGACCAGUCGUCAUUCUUACGUUUAUUAUGAAAAUGGGGAUUACAGUGAUCAAACGGAUGAAGAGGUAGAAGAUGCUGAGCAUUUUGAGCCACAGCUAGUUCAUCUUGAUCGACUGGUUAGGUUAUACCGUGGUAACGUUGGGUGUGAUGUUAACCAUAUUAGCGACGUACAUAAAUAUAAAGAACACAAUCAGGUUCGUAGAGUUCACACCACCAUGUAUAGUGAACGUCUCUGCAGCUGCCAAAGGCCUAGAUUUUCACUGAGGAUAAUGGGUAUGAGUUACUUAUGUCUUUUAAAUCAUUUUCAUGGAAAACGACGAGCCCAUAAGCAUAUCACGUUUGACAGUAUCUAUACAGUAAUAGUAAUCAAGGCAAUGAUGGUUUGUCAAUGUAUAACAAUUUCUCCGUUGUAUCAGAUAUCACAAAAUAAUGAUAAUCGUCAGAGAAUCUUUCAUCACAUAAAAUUUAUUUCUCCAUUACAACACAUCUCUGUUAAACAGAAUACAUUUCGGACAUUGUGCAUUUUGCUUGUGCAAAUGAGUCUCAUUUUCCGCAGAAUAGCGAUGUCAACAUAUUGUUAUAUAUCUAGUACAGAUUGCUGCAUCGAUGUUAUUUAGUCUAUUUUUCUUGUAACCAUAAUGAAAAAUUUACUCACUUAUUUCAAUUUCAUAAGCAGCUUGUACGAUCAUGAAAUUCAUGAUUUGUGACUGACUUUAAUUUCUAGAGGCUCAUGGUUAUGGUGAAGAUGCUCCCUUGUCUAGUUAUAUGUAUUGAAAUAAAUUAAAAAACUCUUCCAUCACACAUCCUGCUCGUGAAAUAGAUUCCUAACUUUAGCCAUGCCGUAAUACGUCAUUAUUAAUCAGAGUAAUCAUAAGGUAUUUAUAAUUGAUUUUUAUUUUCUGUACAUCUACAUAAAUAGCAUUCCAGUCUUCCACUAUGAAUUUCGCCAAGUAAAGCUUCAACUGGAAUCAUUAAUUUCAUUCAAUUGAAAAUUGCUACACAAUUUUGUUUGGCUUUUUUAGUUUUUUGGUCAUUAAAAUACUCGUACUAUAAUAAGUAGAACAGCUCUGAACUGAGUGACGAAAAUUUUCAUGGUUCAAAAGACCGUCCAUACACCUUCUGGUUAUUCAAUCUCAUCAGAGUGAAUAACAAUAUCUGACGAGAAAGUUAAUGUGCUAAUAAAUGAAAUCAUAUCCAUAUUAUGUCUGACAUAAGAAACUUGAAACAAAUUGUCAAUUCGUCUGCUCUGAACCAUCAUCAUUAGUAACACUCAGUUCAGCUAAAUAAUAAAUAAAGAGAGCGAAAAUUGUUUAUAUACAUAUACAUAUAUAUUUAAUUUUUCAUUUGUCUUAAAAGAUAGACGUAAAUAUAACACCAAAUGAAUGAUUUACAAAAAAUAUUAAGAACUAAUUUUUUUACAAUUAAAUUGAAGCAAUAAUUUGAUCAUUAAUGUGUAUCUUCAUAUAAUAUCAUGCUAUUCAAUAACUAUAUAUAGACAAGCCUUCAAGCACACUGUGGUAAAAAAUGUAUAAACUGUGAAUUGAACUCUUUCAACUUUGUAAUUAAUGUUGCUGUUAAGCGAGUUACUAUUCAAGCUCAAAGCUUCAUA